CCCUUUUAAUAGUAGCGAUGUCCAUGGUGGAAGCAUGGACCGCCGGCCUUUUGUUUUUACUCUUUAAUAGCUUAAAUUUAAUUAAUUUCUUUGGUUCGCAAGAUGCCAAUAAAGUGUAAAGUGUUACAUUAUUCCACCGACAUUAAAUCUUUUAGUCAUCAUGACCAAUCAAAUGAAACAUGAAGCAAAUGGCUUGCGUCGCGGUCUGAAAAACGGCUUCAAACACCAUGAGAUUAAACAAGAGAUAAAGAAACCUCGUCUAACAAAAGAAGAAUUUGAAGAAACACCAUUAUUAAUUGUUUUAACAGUUUAUUUCUGUUACAUAGUUUUAACAAUAUUUGGUCAUAUAAGGGAUUUUGUGCGAAGAUUAGGUUUUGGAAAAUCUAGUGAAGUUAAAGAAAAAAAUAGAGAAGGUUAUGUAAAAUUGUAUCGUAGUUUUGAAAGUUUUUACACCCGCAACAUAUACAAAAGAAUUGUUCAAGGAUGGAACAUGUUUAUAUGUGGAGUCCCUGGAGUAAUGUUCAAAUUAAAAGUAAACAUAUCACCAGAAUUUCAUCAAAAUGCCAAGUUUGGUACAGAAAAAAUAAUGAAUGCUGUAAACUUAGGCUCUUACAAUUAUUUGGGAUUUGCUGAAAAUUCGGGGAAAUGUGCAGAUAGUGUAGAAGAAAUUAUACUAGAAUAUGGAAAUGGCAUCUGCAGUACUCGGCAUGAACUAGGCAACUUAGAUAUCCAUCGAAAACUAGAAACAAUGGUAGCUGAAUUCCUUGGUGUUGAAGAUAGUAUUACAGUAGGAAUGGGAUUUGCCACUAAUUCUACUAACAUUCCAACACUGAUGUCUAAAGGAUGUGUAAUUUUUAGUGAUGAACUCAAUCAUGCUUCAUUAGUUCUUGGCUGUCGACUAUCUGGAGCAAAAAUAAUAGUUUAUAAACAUAAUAAUAUGAUUGAUUUAGAAAAUAAAAUACGAGCAGCUAUUGUUGAAGGCCAACCUCGCUCUCAUAGACCGUGGAAGAAAGCACUAAUAAUAGUGGAGGGAGUGUACAGUAUGGAAGGAACGAUUGUGAAUCUCCCGGCUCUUAUUGCGCUCAAGAAGAAAUAUAAAUGUUAUCUGUAUGUAGAUGAGGCCCAUAGCAUUGGUGCAAUUGGUUCAUCUGGAAGAGGUGUAACCGAUUACUUUGACUGUAACCCACAUGAUGUUGAUCUUCUAAUGGGAACAUUCACUAAAAGCUUCGGUGCAUCUGGAGGCUAUAUAGCUGGUUCUAAGAGCUUGAUUAAUCAUUUACGUAAGCAUUCGCACAGCUUCAGCUAUGCUACCAGCAUGUCUGCACCUGUAGCACAACAGAUUAUAAUGACCCUUAAAAUUCUUAUGGGCAAGGAUGGUACCAAUGAAGGUGUGAGUCGAGUCAGGCAGCUUGAAAGGAAUACACAUUAUUUUAGACGAAAAUUGAAACAGAAGGGCUUUAUUAUCUAUGGCAAUGAAGAUUCUCCAGUGGUGCCUCUAAUGUUAUACUUUCCAUCCAAAGUAACGGAAUUCAUUCAGGGUCUGCUUAUGGGGGGCAUUGCUACAGUUGGGGUAUGCUUCCCAGCCACUACUGUAGUAACAUCUCGUGCACGUUUCUGCAUAUCUGCAUCCCACACCAAAGAAAUGCUUGAUAAGGCAUUGACAGUGAUUGAAGCUGUUGGGCGAAACAUGAUGGUGAAUUACUCAAAAAAAGUAAGAUCUCAAGCUGAAGUUAUUUACUAGUCAAUCUCAUUAUUGUUGAACAAGUGCCUUAGAGCAUCCGAGUGUUCUACUGGAAUGCGCUCUAUAUAAGAAGGCGUACUUGUGAUUUCACUUUCAUCUGCUAAAUUUAGGAACAUUUAUUGGCAUAAUAUACACAUCUAUGUGUCUGAACUUACAUUUUUGUUAACUCGUAAUGACAAUAGAUGUGUGUGUGUUUGCAUUUUAUACCAUCAAACUGAAGCACAAAUUGUUCAUUAAAAUUUUUACAUGAAGCAUUGUUGUAAUUGCUUGGGCGAUAACUAGGUCUGAUCAAAAUCAUGUGUGAUUUACAUACUGAAGUAAGUGUAGAAACUGCAUACAUUUGAUAAAUAUGUACUAAAUUUAAUGUCAAUAUUAUACAUUAUCUAAUGCAAUCAUUCUUUGUUAUUAAUUAAUGUUUGCAUUUAGCAUAUUCCCUAGUCAAUGUAGUAAAAGCCAAGCCUGCUUAUGGACUUGAACAUUCCGCCAUGGGCUAAACAAGAGUUUAAAAGCUCUAUCCCAGUUAAUUUGUUGCUUGCUCAUUUAAUUUUAAGUUUUCAAUGAAGGCUCUAAAAAAAAUCAAUGUUAUACAGUCAACGCUUGUUAUAACCACCCCUGUUGUCCAAACGAAAUUGCUUGCUAUAAAGGAGAGGUCAUUUUAACGUAUUGUGUUAUUUAGUCAUAUUUUAAAAUGUAAGAAGGGUUUUUCAAAUUAAUGCUUCGUUUUAAAGAAGGAAAAAAAAUAUCAUUUUUGAAUUUUUUUGUUAAUUUACUGAAAAUUACCGAAAGAAAUCAGUGAUUUUUAAAAUUAGAGAUUAAACUUUUUUGAUAUUCCUUUCAAUGGAAAUAUUUUAACUUUAGAAGCAUAAAAUGUUUUGAUGUUCAUUUUCCCUGAGGAUAUUUAAAAAAUUGAAACUUAAUUUUGGACGUUAUAUUGGAAUGAAGGGUUCAGUUUGGACGCUCUAAUAGACGUUAAACAGCAUUGCAUCUAUGGAAUAGGGAAUGGGACUUUAUGCACCUGUGGCUAUGUUGAAAGGGUCGCAGUAAUAGGAGGAUGUUCUAUAGAGCGUUGACUGUAUUUUAUUAUUUUUUCAAUUUUGAUUUAAGGUGAAGUAUUUUCAAAAAUCUAUUAAAGAUAUUUGCAUGUGUUGUUCAAGCAACUGCUAAUAGUGGAUUAACAGCUGUUAAUGCCCUUUCAAGUGAAUGUUUAUUGCAUUUAUUUUUAUUGUAAAAUAUAUGCAGUGCAUAAAAAUUUUUAAAUGUAUAAAAUUUAGUAAGAGUAGUGAGUUCCUUGAGAGUUGUUUUAGCUUAAAUUUUAUCUCAUUUUAUGAUCUGAGCAAAAUUUUAUAAAUACGUAAAAUACAUUUUGUUGCUCAUUUUUAUUAUGUCGUAUUUUUGUUUUAUGCAUUUGCUGUUACAGUUGAAUAGAUUUAUGUACCUGGAAAAACUAUUUAAAGAAUAAUUGUAAUUACAAAAGCAUAAAAUGCUUUGAAAAAUACUUCAAGUGUCAUAUCAGUUAAAACAUAUUUAUUAAUUAAAGCAAAAUAAGCUUUAGAUUUAUAUAAAUCUUAACAUGUUUUCUUUGUGGUUAUGAAUUGUUACGUGUUAAGACCGAUUUUUUUUUAAACGUAUUUGUAAAAUGUUUUUAUCCUAAAUAUAUUCUUUUGUCUCAGAAAUAAAAUUUGAAAGUAUUAAGCCAUGUAAUUUCGUAUUUGUAUAUAUUUUUAGUUAAAAAUGUAUUUAUUCUAAAGUUUUUAUGUUAACAUUUUUCUUUUUUAAAGUUUUGUUGCAUUGUAAAUUUUUGUUCAUUAUUAUUUAUCAUAUUUUAUUAGAGGAAGCACUAUUUAUACAAUUGCAACUGUGUUUGAAUUUAGUCUUGUCUUCCUUUUAAAUUAUUGAAAGUUUUAUAAAUUGGUUUAUAUAUAUAUAUACACAUAAGGUUAUGCAAUGUGCUUCCAGAUUUAAAUUUUCCAAACUGAAAUGCAGUUUUAUAAUGAGAUUUUUUUUUUUUUUUUUUUUUUUUGUGUGUGUGUAAAAAAAGUUUUAGUUAGUUAUAAAAUUGCGAACUAGAAAUGAAAAGAUUUCAGCUAUGUAAAUUGUCAACUUUUACUAUAGGUAUCAUCUGAUGGAAUGGGUUAAUCUUACCUAGACAGUUAAUGUAGAAACUUAGUAUCAUGUACUAAAUAAUAUGAUACAGUCCAUUGAAAUUUCUAUAACACUUAAAUGAUACAUCAUUAUGUAGAACAUCUUGUGAUAAAUUGUAGAUUAAAAUUGUAUCCAGUUUGUUUACAAUGUAGUACAGGCGGUAUUUAUUUCGUAUUUUUGGUUCAAUUAAUGUUGUCUCAGUCUUGAUUCUUGUCUGCUUUGCUAAAAAGACUGCUCAUAAAAAAAGCUGUUUUUAUGGAUCUGCUUUUUAUACGUUUUGAAAUCUAUUACAGAAGAUUAUUAUUUUUUGUGUGGUUUAAAAAUUAAGUUUAUCACAAUAUCAUCUGAAUGUAGAAAUCUUUAGCUUGCAGCUCAGCUUCAUACUCUAUUAUAAACAUUUUAAAUUUUAAGACAGCUUGAACUUUGGACAUUGAUAUCACAAUGUAAGAAAUAACAUGUGAUGUUUGAAAGAAAAUCUGGAAAAUUCUGUUUGAUAAAAUUUUGUCUACUUUAAUGAAUUUUGCUUACAGUAAUGCUUAAUUUUACUGUUGAGCUAUUUACUCAUAAAUUUUUGUUUAAAAGGAUAUAGUUCAUCACAUUCUCCAAUUAACAUGAGCUUAAAUAUCAUAGCAUAGGUUGAAAUUGGAAAAUGUGCGUAUUUUAGCUAUGAAUUUUAUUCAUGCUACCUAUGAAUUUUAUUCAUUGACCUAUGAUCUAUGUAAUUUAAUUUUUGUGCAAGAAAGUGGAAGGAUUGUUUCUAAAUUUUGAACUAACUCGGAAAUAGUGCAAAGAUUUUUUAAAUGAAUGUCAAAAGUUGCACAAGAAAAAAAAUAUUUCAGAAAAUUUUCUUAUUGUUACUUUGAUUUUGCACAUAGAAGGGUUUAUGCAGUUUUUUCAGGUUCUGGAAUUGUUUGAAAGUGAGGGAAGUACUAUGAGCUAAUUCAUGUGUCAGGAGCGUAAAAAUUUGUUUGUAUUUUAAAAAUAAUAAAUAUAUUUUUGUAGAUCAUAGACCAGAAGUUUCAACAUUUUUUUCUUUAUUUAGUUUAUGGAGCAGAAAUGAUGUUGUAAGGGGGAAAUACCAUCCAUUUUGUUAGCUUAAAAGUAAAAAUAUUUUUAUUGGAAUUAUAACUUGAACUAGCAGUUUAUGUUUUUCAAAAUAAAUGUUCAUUUCAAAGUUAAAAGUAAAUGUUUUACAAAUUUGAAUGUCAAUUUUUGAAAUGUUUGUUUAAAAGUAUUUCAAGUAUUUUAUGGAAUGUAAAUGACUAAUUAGAUUUAAAAUUAUUUUGAGGUUUGCUGUUGUCAAUGUUUUUGACAUUUAUUAUUACGAAUUUAGCUAAUAUAAAUAAUGCAUUGUAAACCCUUGGCAUUCUCUAUGUAAAAUCAUUUUUCUACACACCUUUUUCUUCUAUCAAAAUUUAUACUGUUUGAUUUACCUUGUAUAUUGAAAUAAAAUAGCGAGAAAUUCUUAACUUCA